CAAAAAACACCCCUCAUAUAAUAAAUUUUUUUUUUUUUCUUCCCCUCAUCAUCAUCUUCAUCAUCCGGAUCUCUCCCAUAAUUAGGGUUUUUUUCUCCAUCUAAAAAUCACAAUUAUAUUUACGUAUUUCAAAUUUCAAUAAUCAAUUAAAAAAGUAGAAAGAUGUACGGAUUCGAAGCAAUGACGUUUAACAUCCAUGGCGGAUACCUUGAAGCGAUCGUAAGGGGACACAGAUCUGGAUUGCUGACCGCUGCUGAUUACAAUAAUCUCUGCCAGUGUGAAUCUCUUGAUGAUAUCAAGAUGCAUCUUUCCGCCACCGAAUACGGUCCUUAUCUUCAAAACGAGCCUUCACCAUUGCAUACAACUACGAUUGUCGAGAAAUGCACUCUUAAGUUGGUUGAUGAGUAUAAGCAUAUGUUAUGUCAAGCUACCGAGCCUCUUUCAACCUUCCUAGAGUACAUAACAUAUGGUCAUAUGAUCGACAAUGUCGUCCUGAUUGUUACUGGAACAUUGCAUGAGAGAGAUGUUCAGGAACUGUUAGAGAAAUGCCACCCUUUGGGAAUGUUUGACAGCAUUGCUACCCUGGCAGUUGCUCAGAAUAUGCGCGAGCUUUAUAGAUUGGUUCUUGUGGAUACACCACUGGCUCCAUACUUUUCCGAGUGCAUCACAUCAGAGGAUUUGGAUGAUAUGAACAUUGAGAUAAUGAGAAAUACUUUGUAUAAGGCAUAUCUUGAGGAUUUCUACCGCUUUUGCCAGAAACUUGGUGGUGCUACUGCUGAAAUCAUGUCUGAUCUCCUAGCAUUUGAGGCUGACAGGAGAGCUGUCAAUAUCACCAUAAACAGCAUUGGAACAGAGCUUACCCGAGAUGAUCGUAGGAAGCUGUAUUCUAGCUUUGGUUUACUAUACCCGUAUGGCCAUGAGGAACUUGCUGUUUGCGAGGAUAUAGAUCAGGUUCGUGGUGUGAUGGAGAAAUACCCUCCUUAUCAACCGAUAUUCUCAAAGUUGUCUUACGGAGAGAGCCAGAUGCUUGAUAAGGCAUUCUAUGAAGAGGAAGUAAAGCGACUCUGCUUAUCUUUUGAGCAGCAGUUCCACUAUGGUGUAUUCUUUGCAUACAUGCGGCUGAGGGAACAGGAGAUCAGGAAUUUGAUGUGGAUAUCAGAGUGUGUGGCACAGAACCAGAAAUCCAGAGUUCAUGACAGUGUGGUGUUCAUAUUCUAGCUGGGAACAGGUGCAAUAUUUAUAUGUAUAUUCAUAUACUGCUAUUCAAUCGCUUGCGCCCUCCAGAGUGCAUGCAGAUUGUCUCAAAAUAAGGUUCUUGUGUAUGUUAAAUUUUUGUUGUUCAGGAGAGUUCAUGUACUUACUCGUCAUAAAUUGCUUUACUAAACAGUGACUUGGCAUUUUAA